GCAUGUCCUCCAAGAGCCGGUCGGAGUCCGAAGGUCGGUGGAUGCCAUUGCUUGGUUUUGGGGGGUGGUGUGAUGGGUCCCGGGACCAGAAUCGACCAAUUCGAGUUCUGUCCUUGUCCGUCCAGGGGUUAAAUGGCACCCUAGGGACACAGAGUUCCGGGAAAAAACAAUGAUAAGCUAAUUCUGGUCCGGCUAGUUUGUCUGAGGCACAGCCGAUGUCUGUGUGUGUGCUUUUUCUCUUUUCUACCUCGCAGCCUCUUUUUAGCUUUGUCUUACUGGGCCAUAUGACAUGGUGAUGCCGAAACCCGCCAGUGGCCACGAUAGCGGGACAGGACAGACCCUGAUUCAAGAAGUUACAUAGAUAGGUACGUACCUAAGGUAUGGAUGGUGGCAACUCAAAAAUCAUUUCACGGAUCCCACGUUUUAUGGAUAUGGAGGAAUUGGGCGUGGGCCUCUUUGCUGAUCAUAUGGUCUAUCAAACGCAACACCAAACCCAACUCCAACUCCAAUUGCAUACAUAGACAUACACAACUCGAGAUUUGUGCAGCGUGCCGGCCCGGUAUACUGUACUCAGUGGUAUACAUAGGAGUAUCUUGUCUAUCAUCGUAUGACGGGAAGAGGUGAAAACCAUUCCCCAGACGAUUGUGAUGUCGUGUCGUGCAGUGUGUCAUGUGGGGGCAAAUCAUGCCUAGAUUGAGCCUGACAGGCACCCUUUUCCAGAUGUUCCAAGCUUCGCGAACACACGAGAAGUCUGUCUUCUCUUGGAGGGGUAGCCUUGGACAUGAUGCAGACAGACAGAAAGAAAGAAAGAAAGGGUGACAACUAAUCUCGCAGCAACUCGCUUUAACUGUCCAACGCGGUAGCAACCAACGAGCGGCAUCGACUUUAUCCAACUCUCUGUUGAGUGUCUGCCUUUUGAUCAUUAAGCACACUCUUUAUCAAACCCAAGGCGUUUAUGGGAGCGCUAAUAACCCCAGUAUCAACGUCAUUAUGGGGAUUAACCCCGGCCAUGUCCCCUCAACUCAAAGGCACGGGGCCGGAGAACCCCGCUGGGAGCGGACCGGGACCGAUCUUAAGUCAGGGUCGUGCGAGGUCUCGAUGCUGACAUUUGUUUUUGGCGAAGGGAUCAAUCAGUCACAGAGUGUUGAAACGGGAGUCUAGAAGCGGAAUUUUUCACUAUUGGAAGAACAAUAUCAGUCUGUCGGUUGGCGAAGAUGAAACUACUGUCUACUCAUCAAGGCCUAUGGUCCUUUUUAGAGACUAAAACAAUCAUCUUGAUAGUCGGGCUCUCCGAUUCCUGGCUGCAUUUUACCUCUUCAUGGUGGUACAUGUACAUGCCUUUCACUGCCUCAGAAUCUCUUGCAAGUCGUUUUGCCCAGUGCAUCAUUCUUCACUGGCUCUAUUUUCUCUCCUCUUCGUAUGUGCUGCGGCUCUUUCGAAUUCAUCCGUCUUUCGUAUCUACUGUAGUUAGAAACCAAGGCACAAGACCCCCACAAGGCAUGCACAGGAAGCUGUGGACAUCAAAUGCACUGGUAGGUGUGUACUGCCACCAUCUUCAUAUACCAGUCGACUAUACAAUUCGUAUGAUAUCGGCUUCCCUCUGUGCAAAAUGAAGCCAUACAAAGUCAACCUUGUCUGCGGUUGCUCUCCGGCCAGUUUGCAACGUAUUGAGCCUCCUAAGUUCGAAAUCGGAGCUCAGCAAGCAUCGCUCCUUGUGUACCACAAAGAUGCAGGUAUGGAUCGUUGGUGUUCCAACUUGGGUUACAUUUAUGCAUGUAUUAACCGGAAUGGCGCGAACGAAACAUGCCCAAGAGCCGCCAGUGUGUCCGUGCAUGCUAUGAUCUGAGGUCUCCCCUACACGGAUCAUGAUGUUGCUCAGUGGUGAGAUUAUCUGAUGCAAGCUGACAUGGGGGACCACACACAAUCACACACUGCCUUGUAUGACGCCUAACACUUGUUUGAAAGGAAGGACAUUAGGCUCAAGCCUGAGACCUACUUUCAAGAAGGUCAGAUACCAGCAAACAAGGUGCCAUUAUGUUGGGAAUUUGUUGACAUGGCCAAUACCGCCUGCUGAGUCCGUCGUGUUAAACCUGAGCCAAGGCUCUCUCUCUAGUAAGGGUACAUCUGGAACAAGCUGGAUUCUUUGUCCAACCCUGGCUGUUUACUCCCAACGUGAGACGGGACUGCAAGCCACACCGAGAUCACAACGUGGUGCCUGGAUAAGUAGAAAGAAUUGGCGGUGCUGGCGUCACUGCAGUAUGAAACUAUCCAUGACCGAAUGAUCUGACCUGAGCAUCGAAUCAGACCCGAAAUCUCACUGAUGACUACGUCAGGGUUUAGUUCAUACCGUCUUGUUUGUGUUCUUUGUGUUUGAGAUCAUUUCCAAUCCAUGAAGCAUCCGCUGUGUAGCAUCUUUAUAUUUCACUGUGACUGCAUAGCCUACACACUUUCGUUAUGCGGGUGGUCCUCAAGAGUUAGGCUGUGAUCUUGUGAUCACUCGCGUCUGGACAAACAAAUACCGUUGCCAUAAAAUAUUUUUGAUCAGAAUGAACCAGACUCAAGAUAAUUCCAGGUUUCUGUUGAUAGAUCGUGCUGACUUGAUGCUCGUUUGGACGGUACAUAGAUAUGUUUGACAAAAAGUCUGCCAACUGUACGCUGGCAGAGUCACAGAAGAACAUUUUUUUUUUUAAUAUUGGACAAUGUGCUAAAUAAAGCAACAUAGUGGGAGCGAGGCGACAGCGAACUGUUGUCCCUUGGCGUAUGAGGCUCAUCAUGCUUCCUGGGGGUGUAGUCCUGGUGAACAGGAGUUGAGGAAGCAUCCGUUGAUAGUCUAGGACACCAAGUAGCAAACCUCCAAUUAUCUAAGAAUUGUUUCGGGAGUAUUGCCUAUGAUAAGCACAAUCGAGCUGAAAUUUGUAACUUUGCUA